CUGGAUGCCCCGCCCCCUCCCCCCGGGUUAAGGCGCGCUGUGCCGCGGCGGGCCGCCCAUUGCCAUGUUGUCGUGGAGCCGCUGCCGGUUCGCUCUCUCCCGCCGGGGGGCCCGCGCUCUCCCCCGCCCCCUGCAGGCCCGAUGCCUACCCGCCCACAUACACUGCAGCGUCCCGGCGCGCAAGCACGACGACUUCUUCCGAGAUCUGGAAAAUGAGUUUGCCAAAUUCAAGCAGAAAGCAAAGGAAGCACUCCCUGGCAGUGACUGGAACCCCGUGCACCAGACUCCUGGCCUGCCCCCCGAGUGGGCUGAUAUUGUCAUAAUUGGCGGAGGAAUAGUGGGCUGGUCCACUGCUUACUGGCUGAAGAAAAAAGAGGCAAUUCGGGAAGGGGUCCGUGUGGUGGUUGUAGAGAGAGACCCAACUUAUUCCAGAGCCUCCACAGUCUUGUCAGUGGGAGGAAUUCGCCACCAAUUCUCUCUGCCAGAGAAUAUCCACCUAUCAAUGGAAUCUGCUCACUUUCUUCGCAAUAUCCAGGAACAUCUAAAUGUGGUGAAUGAGGACCCUGUGGAUGUUCAGUUCAAUCCAUCGGGAUAUCUACUCUUAGCUGGGAAGGAGCAGAGUGAUAUUAUGGCAGAAAAUUAUCGUAUUCAGAGGGAUGAGGGAGCAGCAGUCACCCUCUUAACACCACAGCAGUUACAGAGGAAAUUCCCGUGGAUCAACACAGAAGGUGUAGCUUUAGCUUCAUAUGGUUUGGAGAACGAAGGCUGGUUCGAUCCGUGGCUCCUUCUGAAUGCAUUUCGUAGGAAGGCCAUCUCAAUGGGCGUGUAUCCGUGUCAUGGAGAGGUGGUGGGUUUUCAACAUUCUACAAGAGAGAUGGAGACGGAGGACGGCACGACAGUCUCGCUGAAAAGAAUUCACCACGCCAUUGUACAGAUGCCAAACAGCACCGAGUGCCAGCCAGUGAAAUGUGCAUUGUUGGUCAAUGCAGCUGGAGCAUGGUCAAGCAAAGUAGCAGAGAUGAUUGGGAUUGGUGAUGGACCUGAAGGCACAUUGGAGGGAACAAAACUCCCUAUCGAACCGAGAAAAAGAUAUGUUUAUGUCUUCCACAGUCCAGAUGGUCCAGGAUUGGAUUGUCCAAUGGUGAUUGACUACACUGGAAUGUACUUCCGUCGAGAAGGCUUGGGUGGAAACUAUGUGGGAGGACUGUCGCCAGCUGAGGAAGAGGAGCCAGACUCCAGUAAUCUGGAAGUAAAUUAUGAAUAUUUCCAUGAGCAGAUAUGGCCCAAACUGGCUCAGAGAGUGCCUGCCUUCCAGUCCCUUAAGUUGAAAAGUGCCUGGGCGGGUUACUAUGAUUACAACACCUUUGAUCAGAAUGCGGUCAUUGGCAUUCACCAACUGGUCACCAACAUGUUUUUUGCAACUGGCUUCAGUGGCCACGGCCUACAGCAGUCACCGGCUGUGGGCAGAGCCGUGGCUGAGCUCAUUCUGGAUGGAAGAUUCAAAACCCUUGACCUCAGUGCAUUUGACUUCAUUCGAUUCUACAAAGGCACCAAGCUACUGGAAAAAAAUAUUGUCUGAUUUUGUGAAAUUCAGUUUGCUGUGGUGAGACUGUGAAAAAUGUGCUUUAUACUUUAUGAUCAUGCUGAAAAUUCUUCAUAAAUCGAUAAAUGUUGCCGAUAAU